UCUGCUUCCAUCUCUAUCUCUUUUUUCCGAAAGUGCUUCAAGAGAUGAGCUUUAUGAUCCCGUACUGCCUUCAAACAUUCUCCCUUCGAACACUUCUGGGAUUUCCUUUGAAAGCGAAGCCGUACUCUUGCAGAAGUGCUCCUCUCGAGUCUCCAGCCCAUUUUUUCAACUCAGCCGCAUCUGAUCUGUUUAGCAAUGGCUCCAGGGCUUCGCAACCUAAUUUUCCCUGCUAUCCAUCAGCUCAAUCGAGAUAUUCACUGGCGUCUUAUUAAUUUUGGGGAACUCUUCACUUGGUGCAGAGAAACGCUGAUGUAAGAUGGAAGAACCGAUCCGCUUUCUCGAUCAACAAACAAUUCCAUCGCCUUCGUACUUAUUUCCGGGUAUGUUAUCAGUCCCGCUUAAGUGUCCACUAUCCUCUCGUCGUGAACAUUUUGUGCAUAAAGCACAGAAUCUUCAGGAACAGUGCUCUCAGACAUGAUUCAGCGCAACCGAGGAAAUAUGAAAGCUAAACGAAGGACUUUCAUUGGAUUAUGUGCAGGUCCCCUGUCGAAGCCUCACCUGAAAAGAUAAGGUUAGAGCUGUAGGGCAAAGUAAAUCCGACCUGCUUUUGAACAUUCAUCGGUGUCGCAGUCUGUUAUAAGUGCUAGCUCAAGGGGUUCAUCGUCUAUCCAGUGAGCAACAACCGUGGGAAAAGUCAAGCUGAUCGGAUCAAGUCUGUCUGUCUUUGUCCUGUCCCAUUCUCCGUCGCAAAGGCUUCGCAAAUGGAGAGAAAGCUCAAAGCGCAGCAUUUGCAGCGUCCUCAAGCCUUCAUAGAUGGCUUUCUCAUUCACGCUUUGGCGCCGACUCUUUGACUCGAGCUGCGUGCCACCGUCCUAUAAAGAGCCGACUUGCCCCGUCGUAUCACAGCACGAUUCCGCCCACCAUGCCUCACCGACGUGAUUCAUACAUCGAGUUUCCAACCUCACCCUGCACACCGGAAACGUCGUUUACCCCGGAGCAGGAGCACCUGAUCGCGUCGCUUGGCCUUGCGCUCCCCGCCGCAGCCGACUCGCGCUCGCUCACGCCCAUCAUCGACGGAUUCCCGCGCCCACCCAGCCACACCCCCAGCGGUGAUAUCCUCUUCGAGCGCCAGGAGCUCCCGAGAGGACUCUCGCCAAUCGACACGCGCCGCGCGUUCGUCCCGAUCCCGCUCGCGUUCAGCAACGAGUACGUGCUGCACAUCAACGCAGACGAAUCGGGGUCGAUCGUGCCCGUUGGCGAGGCGCCGACGGACAGGACGGGGGCGUUGAUGGAGUACGGCAAUAGCAUGCGACGUGCUCAUUCCAUGAAGCUCAAGACGAGCGUUGGGAGAUGGAGGACGGAGAGCAUCCGGCGUGCUCUCGGCCGGUUCACUCGCCAACGCACCGCCCCGGCCAGCCAGGGCACGUUUUCGGACGCCGCCACUGAGGCAGACGCGAGCCGCAGCAGCGAAGAAUCCAGUGGUGCAUCGGAGUCCACCGACGAAAUGGGUUUCUUCACAAUUCCAUCCACUCCCAACACAGCCUUCACAGACCUGAGCUCGCCACCCUCCCCGAUCACGCCUCUCCCACCCAGUGUACCGCCCAAUACGCCUAUCCCUGCGAGUCUCGUGCGGACGCCCAUCUCGCCGGCCAAGCUGCCCCCGAGGACCCGUCCACGCUACCACACUCUGAACGUUCUCACCAAGGCCUUCCGCACCAAACGGCGUGACUCUAAGGCGGAGAGGCA